AUGCCACCUUACUCUACAUCCCAGAAGCAGGCCAUCGCCCAGUUUGUCAAUCUUACAAAUACUAAGGACUCUGUUGCCUCAAAGUCGUUAAGGGCAACAGGAUGGAACCUCGAGCGCGCCGUUGAUGCAUUCUUCGCCGGCAGUGCCGGUCCCUCGAAAAGCACAAAGUUUCUCAACGAAGUCUUCGAUUCAUACCGAGAUGACGCAGAAGAAACACCCGAUGGCAUCGGCAUCGACGGCGCCAUGAGGUUCCUCGGAGAUAUCGAAGUCCAACUAGACGAGGUUGCCUGCCUAGCCAUCUUCGAGAUGUGCAAGUGCCCCUCCAUGGGCGAGUUCACGCGCGAGGGCUUCGUGGAUGGGUGGAAAUCAACACAAUGCGACGCCAAACCCAAAAUGACCCAGCAUGUCCAAUAUCUCCGCAGCAAUAUUCCCAAGGACCCAGAACUCUUCCGACGAGUAUACCGCUUCACGUUCCCGCUUUCCCGAAUGCAAGGGCAGCGCAAUCUGCAAUUCGAAAUCGCGUCCGAACAGUGGAAUCUUCUCUUCACCGCUGACCGGGGCGGCGUGCCUUGGAACACGGCCACGACGCCGUGGCUAGAUUGGUGGAUUGAAUUCCUCGAGGGACGAGGUAAGAAGCCUGUUAACAAGGAUCUGUGGGAGCAGACGGAGGUGUUUAUGCGGAAGAGUCUUGAUGAUGAGAAUUUUGGGUGGUGGAGUGCUGAUGGGGCGUGGCCUGGGGCUUUGGAUGACUUUGUUGGAUACGUUAAGGGGAAGAGGGGGCAGGGGAGUGCGAUGGAGGUUGAAUGA